AUGGAUCCAGUUCAGGCAAUUAUCCAACAACAAAUCGAAUCUGGAACAUUUAUGGCUUCAGCACAACAAUCUGCAACUCCUUCCGAAAAUCCAAAUCAAGAUGGAGAAGGAGAAAACGAAGAGGAAAUUGAGGAAACCAAAAAAACUGGCGGGAAUAUUCUACCGAUUUGGGGAAAUAAAGUAACGAUGAAUUUGAACACGUUGGUAUUGGAAAAUAUUCGAGAAAGUUAUUAUUAUAAAAAUAAUCUUGUUGAAAUGGACACUUUUCAAGAAUUGAUUGAACAGAUUUUCUAUCAGGUAAAAAGGAUUUUAUUAAUUUUUGAAUUUCUUCAUAAAAUACAUACUUAAUUUUAGGUAAAACACUUGGAACCAUGGGAAAAAGGAACACGUCGACUUCAAGGAAUGACUGGAAUGUGUGGAGGAGUUCGAGGAGUUGGAGCUGGCGGAGUUGUUAGCUCCGCUUAUUGUAUUCUUUAUCGCCUUUUCAAUUUGAAAAUCACCAAAAAACAAUUGAUUUCUAUGCUCAAUUCGAAACAAUCGGUUUAUAUUCGAGGAAUUGGUUUUAUGUAUAUUCGAUAUACUCAACCACCAGCUGAUUUGUGGUAUUGGUUUGAAACUUAUUUGGUGAGUUUAGCAAAAAUAUUCUAUCAUGAAUUUAGGGUCCCACAAAUUUUAGUUUUAAAAAUCUGAAAACAUGGAUAUAUGUAUAAAAAGUUAAACUGUUUUCUAGUUCACGAUUUUUCUAUAAAUCUGUAGAACAAUUUUUGGCGCUACCUCACCGAAAAAAAUAGUUGGUUUCUUGUGAAAAAUUAAGAUGAGAAUCUCAGAAAAAUUAGGUUCCAUAUAAGAACGUCAGAUGUAAUCACAAAAAAUCAUUUCAAUUUUCAAUCAUUCUUUUUAAUAGGACGAUGAUAGAGAAAUAGAUCCAAAAUCAGGCGGAGGAGAUUGUAUGACAUUUGGACAAUUAGUUCGAGCGAUGAUUAAUAAAUUGGAUUGGUAUGGAACCCUUUUUCCCCGAAUUCCAGUUCCAAUUCAAAAAGAUAUCGAUGAGAAAUUUCAAGAGCGAAAAAGAUUUCAAUUUCAACAAGAAGACGAUUGGAAUCAAUCAGAACAACAAGAGAAAAUACAAGAAGAUCCUAUUGCACAAUUACCAAAAGUAUCGAGAUGUAAACAUCAUUUAAGACAUCAUCAUUGUCGAAAACAUCGAAAGAUUUGCCCCAAAAAAGCUAAAAGGUUUGAACUUUCAUGA